AUGCACUUUCGCGUACUAGCUAAAGCGUUACGUUUGUCUGGUGGAGAUCAUAUUCACGCCGGUACCGUAGUAGGUAAACUUGAAGGGGAAAGAGAUAUUACUUUAGGUUUUGUUGAUUUAUUACGUGAUGAUUUUAUUGAAAAAGAUCGAAGCCGUGGGAUUUAUUUCACUCAGGAUUGGGUUUCUCUACCAGGUGUUCUUCCCGUUGCUUCAGGGGGUAUUCACGUUUGGCAUAUGCCUGCUCUGACCAAGAUCUUUGGAGAUGAUUCCGUACUCCAAUUCGGUGGUGGAACCUUAGGUGCUAAUAUUGGCAUGUUUGGGGAAAUGAAAGAUAUAAAAUAA